AUAGUUGUCAAGAGUUGAAUAUAUUUAUUUAUUUAAAAAUCCACCACUGCCACAUUUGCCACCCAACUACUCUAAAAGCAGAAACUCGUUGUCAAAAUUUUCGGCACAUUGAUCAUGGAUUUGGAGCAAAACCUGACCGCCGCCAUGAUGCAGUCGUCCACGGAGGCGGGCAAGUCGGAGGAGGCGUGGCCGGCGGACGCCCACCUGCAUCAUCCGGCGGAGGACAAUCAGCUCCUGUUGCCGGAACACUCCAGCUGCCUGGCGGUGAAGACCUAUCUGCGCAUGUGCAAUCUGCCAUUCACGGAGCAGAUCAGCGACAAUGCGGAGUUUAUGUCACCUGGUGGUCGGUUGACCCACCUGCCGCUGCUCCGUUUGGGUCCGGUCAAGACUUUUGCCGAAUUCGAGCCAAUUGUGGCCCAGGUGGAGGUCAUGCAAGGCAGCAAUGCGCUGGGCAGUUGGAUGUCCGAGGAUCAGCGCGAUGACAUCCGCUGUCUGGUGAACUAUGUGGAAAAUGUCUUCACCCUGGCGGAGAUCCACAUGAGCUAUGUGGACGAGGGAAACUACCAACUGUACACGGCCGCCCGCAGUGCAGCGGCUCAUCCGUGGCCAUUGAGUGCGAUUCGUCGGUUUGCCAAGCGGAAGGAUGCACAGAGGAUUCUGAAGGUGUACCAGUGGCAGGAUCUGGAUAACGAUCAGGUGAUCCAGGAGGUGGGCAUCUGUGCCGAUGCAUUGAUCGCUGAACUGGACGAGCACCAUGAGAAGGGCUAUCUCGGCGGAUCACGGCCAUGCGAACUGGACGCCCUGGUCUUUGGCCAUGUGGCAGCCAUAAUGAGCACCAAACUUCCCAACAUGGAACUGGCCGAGGUACUGGCCACCUAUCCACGUCUCUUGGCCCACUGUCGCCGCAUCGAUGAGAGCCUUUUCGAUGGCAAACUCCUGACCAGCGUGCUGGAGGAGCAGAAGGAGGAGUCGGAGUAGCAAAAAUAAAAUAAAGGAAAGGAAAGGAAAGGAAGCGAAAGGACAGGACUCGGAAUCCCUCUGCCCCGGAACAAAGGAUUCUUAUUGUUUUUUUAUUUGGCCAGGGUCGGGAUGGCAAUCAAAAAUAUGCAAAGCAUUUACAAUAAAAACGGCAGACAAGUC